AUGUCUAAUUCAUCAGACAGUGAGAAUUCCAAAAAAAAGGAAAAAAAUAUAUACCAAGAAAACAACAAGCAAUUUGAUGAUUUUCGUCAAUCGUCUGAUGAAGAUAGUCGAGAGAUCUUCGAUGAUUCAUUGAAUAGUCCUGUAGAGCGUGGAUCUUUAUUGAUUAAAACUGGAGUAAAGAGACAAAGAGAUCCUAAGGAUGUCUCGGGAAAUCAUAAAUCUCGUCAUACAAUGGAGACAGAUCAUGCCCAUGUGGAAGAAGAUAGUCCGCAUUCAUUUACUUUGGCGCAUAACAUUGCUGAAGAUAAUCCAAGCAAUCCUGGAUCGCCCAUUAGAUCAAAUUCAACAAAUGAACUACGCUACCGGGAAGAGGAUCUUAACUCUCCAUUUGAGCUAUUACGUGCAUUUAGUAGAUUGUAUCAAUUAAGAAGAACCGAAGAACGUUUCUCGGAUGAAAGUGAACAAUUACCAACUACCAUAAAUACUAUAUCAAAAAGCUCGGAAAAAGGAAAAGAGAAAGCUACCGAUAUUGUAGACAAAUCACACAUUAAGCAAACACACCCAAGACAAGAAUCAGUUCCAUCCAGUCAAGCUAAAGGUCUUGAACAACCACAUUCUAGACAGGAUUUUGUACAAUCCAGUCUAGAUAAAUCCUUUUAUAAGCCAGCAUCACGGAGUAGAAUUUCGGGUAGACCAAAGAAGCAAGAGCCUAUUGAUAAAAGUCUUCCUCGUCCUCUCUUUCUUUUACGCAGAAAAAAUCGUCAUCUUGCUCCGGAUGAGCCAGAAGAAACUUUAUCAUCAAUAAGCUACCAUUCUGACACAGACUUCAGCCGACUAGACCACAGAUUUUACAGCUAUGGUUCUUCAGAGUCUGAUCGACCACCUGAUGCUUCUCUUGAUGGUCAAAGUAUACUUGGGGAGCUUGGAGAUCUUCCUCAUGGUUGGCAGUCGCCAUUUCAAGAAGACCAGGAGAGGUCAGAAACCUCUCAACUUCCACCACAGCCUUCAUUGGUUGACAUCUCUUUAGAUGCCGAGAGUCAGGAUAUAAUUGAGCCACGAUCACAAGAAGAUUAUGGAUACGAUGAAAUGCAAGAUCCAAACAUUCAUGAAGAGAUCGAUUUCCCUGGAUUCGAUGAUGUGAUAACAGGCCGAGAAGAAUCUCAUGAGCAAAUUCAUGAUAAAUUAUCACCAGAAGAUUUGGAUAUUUUUCAGAAUUACGAACAACCACGCCAUUACGAUCGAGUUCUUCCUAGCCAACGCUUUACUGAACGCAAGAUAGAAGAACGUGUGCAAGCAAAUCUUGACGGAGUAAAAAUACCCCCUGUGAUGGCAAUUGGGAAUUUAAUGCAAAGGCGAAUCUUCUCUAGGUUUACUGACAAAAAGAUUGAACCGGGUGCUGUUCAAAAGAUCAUUGAGGCGAGUGAGCUAUUUUUUGAGCAAAUGGCAGACGAUCUAAAAGCUUAUACAAAGCAUGCCUCACGUAAAAAAUUGACAUGCGAAGAUAUGAAACUAUUGAUGAAAAGGCAACGACUACUAACAGGAAAACGAACCUUAGAAGUUGUAGCUCACGAGUAUCUCCCAAGGGAACUAUAUGAUUUAGUGUGUAUAUCUGCUACAGCAGAUAAUGAGCUCUACCCUGAAAGUGUAGAAUAUAUUUCAUCGCUCAUACACAAUAGCAUCUUGCUUUUGGAUGAAACGCAUAAAACCAUUAUUAUUGCAAACUGUUAA